CGGUGGGCGGAGUCAGGAGGGAGGGGGGCCUGCCCGAAGCUUUAAUACAGAUGCGCCUCUCGGUGCGCCCUGCGUUCGGCGGCGGACACAGCAGACUGCACCAUGACAGCACCCAGCAACACGUACGAUGUGAUAGUGGUCGGCGGAGGGAUUUCAGGUUUGAGUGCAGCGAAGCUGUUGCAGGAAAGCGGACUGAACCCUGUCGUGCUGGAGGCCCGGGAUCGAGUCGGCGGUCGCACCUUCACUUUCCGAAAUAAGGAGACAAAGUGGGUUGAUCUGGGCGGAGCUUACAUCGGCCCAACUCAGAACCGCAUCCUCCGAUUGGCCAAAGAAUACGGAAUCAAGACCUACAAAGUCAACGAACAGGAAAACCUACUGCACUAUGUCAACGGAAAGUCGUACCCGUUCAAAGGCUCCUUCCCCCCGAUCUGGAACCCCAUCGUCAUGUUGGACUUCAACAACCUGUUCAGGACGAUGGACGAGAUGGGCAAGGAGAUUCCCAGAGAGGCUCCCUGGAAAGCUCCUCAUGCUGAGGAGUGGGACAAGAUGACCAUGCUGGAGCUCUUUGAGAAAAUCUGCUGGACCAGGGCUGUUCUUCGCUUUGCCACCCUGUUUAUCAACGUGAAUGUGACCUCUGAACCCCACGAGGUGUCGGCCCUGUGGUUCCUCUGGUAUGUGAAACAGUGCGGAGGAACCAUGAGGAUCUUCUCCACCACGAACGGAGGACAGGAGAGGAAGUUUGCUGGCGGCUCGAGUCAGAUCAGCGAGUGCAUGGCCCGGCAGCUGGGAGAGCGGGUGAAGCUGGAGUCUCCGGUCUACAGGAUCGACCACAGCGGGGACAUGGUGGUGGUGGAGACGCUCGACAAACAGACCUACACUGCUAAGUACGUGAUCUUGGCCACGCCCCCUGGUCUGAACAUGAAGAUGCACUUUAACCCCGAGCUGCCCCCACUCAGGAACCAGCUGAUCAGCCGCGUCCCCAUGGGCUCCGUCAUCAAGUGCAUGGUGUACUACAGAGAGAACUUCUGGAGGAAUAAAGGUUACUGCGGCAGCAUGGUGAUCGAGGAGGAAGGAGCGCCGAUCGGCCUGACGCUCGAUGACACAAAGCCGGAUGGGACUGUCCCCGCCAUCAUGGGAUUCAUCCUCGCUCGUAAAUGCAGGAAGCUGUCAGACCUGACCAAAGAGGAGAGGAAGAAGAAGAUCUGUGAGAUCUACUCCAAAGUUCUGGGCUCAGAGGAGGCUCUGCAUCCGGUGCACUACGAGGAGAAGAACUGGUGUGAGGAGGAGUACUCAGGGGGCUGCUACACGGCCUACUUCCCCCCAGGCAUCCUCACCCAGUAUGGAAGGGUGCUGAGGGAGCCGGUGGGCAGGUUGUACUUCGCAGGAACAGAAACGGCCACCGAGUGGAGCGGCUACAUGGAGGGAGCCGUGCAGGCCGGAGAGAGAGCAGCCAGAGAGAUCCUGUGUGCCAUGAAGAAAAUCUCCCCGAGUCAGAUCUGGCAGACGGAGCCUGAGAGUGUGGAGGUCCCGGCGCUCCCCUUCCACACCUCCUUCUGGGAGAGAAACCUGCCUUCAGUCGGAGGUCUCCUCAAGUUCCUUGGAGUCGCCACCGUCCUGUCUGCUGCCUCCGCAGCCGGCCUGCUCGCCUACAAGAAGGGGCUCCUCCCCCGGAGUUAAAUGACGCCCCCCUUCACCUGUCGGCUCGCUCCUCUGCUCCUUCAGGAGGAACAUCUGAACAGACACUGUACCUGUGUACUUAAUGUGUGCAUUCUCCAGAGUAGAGGGGGUACAGGAGGUUUUUAAUGAGGAACACCAGACUGUUCGGCUCCCACACAACACUACCGCACACACCACGGCUCUGUCUGUAAAGAGAGAGAGAGAGAGAGGGCGAGAGAGAAAGAGACCCGGAGGCAGAGGCAGGUUGUUUCAAAGGUUUAGAGAUGAGAAGACGAUCGAGCGUCAGUUUAAAUCUGAGAUUCAGAUUGAGAAACCAAUGAGGAAAAAAACAACAGAAGAAAUUCUUAAAAAAAGAGAAAAUAUAUAAAUCUAUAUGAAUAAUCUAUUAGUGUUGAUAUUGCAUACAUUGCCAAUGACAUUCACGUCCAUGAUUCCAUGUGAGUUUAUUAACUCAUCAUGCUUUCUGUGUGUGUGUGUGUGUGUGUGUGUGUGUGUGUGUGUGUGUGUGUGUGUGUGUGUGUGUGUGUGUGUGUGUGUGUGUGUGUGUGUGUGUGUGUGUGUGUGUGUGUGCGCGCACGCUUCAGUGAGCAUGCGUGUGUGUGUGUGUGUGUGUGUGUGUCUGUUGCAGUGCGUCUUAUUACCUCUGAUUUUAGGUGCUGAUUUGUUCUGGCUGCAGCUGGUUGAUGACUCAUGGUGAAACAUCAGAAUAAAAAGCCGAGCUGUGCUAAAUCACUAAAUCAAACGGAGCGGAUUUCAGCUUUUAGACUGAAAAUCUUCUGUUUCACUUAUUUUUUUAACAAAUCCCAUGCAAAGAACACAGCCGACAAUGAUAUCAACUGCUUUUUAGAUUGAGUGUUUUCUGUUCGACUAAAGCCUGAUUUAUCUUGUUGUUGUUUUUGUCAGAGAGCUCUGUUGUUGGAAAUGAUUAAAAAAAAAGACCAAAUGUG